AAAGGCAGAAGCUUCACCGCUCACCUCCGUCACUUCUUCCAGGCGAUUCGCCGCCGUGUUCUCCGGAAUCAGAGGCCAUGUGGAGAAGUAGAAACUCACUGAGUCGAUUCACUCAACUCGCCACCUCCUCCUCGUCCAAGUUCAAUUGCCAUCUAAACCUUCAACCAAAUUGUCUUCGCCUGUUGCAAAUCUCCGACGUUGACCACGGGUAUGGAUUAUUCAGUAGAUCCACCUCCACCGCCGUGGGCCCAUCUUCCGGUUCAGGGAAACUAGGUAUUGCGGGACUCGAUCGGGUCCGGGCGAUGGGGUCGACUGCUGAAAUCGUCGAUGCGACAACGUUAGGGGCAAGGGAGGUUGUUGAUAUGGCAAGACAUUAUGGUCGGUGCUAUUGGGAGCUUUCCAAAGCUAAGCUUAGCAUGCUGGUUGUUGCUACAUCUGGAGCCGGUUAUGUUCUUGGAAGCGGGAGUGCAGUUGACUUAGCAGGACUUUGUUACACGUGUGCAGGAACCAUGAUGGUGGCAGCAUCUGCUAACACAUUAAAUCAGGUAUUUGAGGUUAAAAACGAUGCAUUAAUGAAUAGAACAAUGAGAAGGCCAUUACCUUCAGGCCGUCUUACUAUUCCUCACGCAGUCACAUGGGCAACGUCAAUUGGUCUAGCUGGCACAGCUCUAUUAGCAAGCCAGGCUAAUUUAUUGGCAGCUGGACUUGGAGCUUCAAAUCUCUUUCUCUAUGCAUUCGUUUACACCCCAUUGAAGCAAAUACAUCCUGUCAAUACUUGGGUUGGAGCUGUUGUUGGUGCAAUUCCCCCUCUUCUUGGGUGGGCUGCAGCUUCUGGUGAGAUUACAAUGAAUGGAUUGAUUCUUCCUGCAGCUUUGUAUUUUUGGCAAAUACCACAUUUUAUGGCCCUUGCUUAUUUAUGCCGUGAUGACUAUAAAGCUGGAGGGUUUAAAAUGUUCUCUCUUGCUGAUCCAUCGGGUAAAAGAACAGCUUUGGUGGCUUUGAGGAAUUGCAUAUAUCUGAUUCCGUUGGGAUACUUGGCUUAUGAUUGGGGUAUAACUUCCGGAUGGUUCUGUCUUGAAUCAACCCUCCUGGCUCUAGCAAUUAGUGGGACCGCAGUUUCAUUUCUAUUGAACCGGACAAAAACAAGUGCAAGAAGAAUGUUCCAUAAAACACCAAGGACAAAAUGGUCAUUUCACAUACCGAGCAGGAAACCAGAAAUCCCGAAAGGGUUAUGGGUGAUGAUUAUCCCAAAAUUUUGGCAUCGAUGUUUUGCCGAUGAGAAUGACAAUAAAUUUGUUGAUGGUGCUAGUUCCGAUUCAGUCCAACCGAUCCAUUUGCUCCUCUCAGUUGUGAUGGGGUGUGAUUUGUGGGUGCCGCCUAGGGCGGCGCAGUGUUCUCGAUGGGCACUGCUAGUCAUGCUAGACACCGAUGUCUAG